GAGCAUUCAAAAAGCAUACCACAGACUCUGCUUCCUCCCCAAGAGUGUUUAUCUGUCAACACCUCACUUCAGUUGUAGUCUUUUAAGGUACCAGAAGGCAGGUAAACUCACCAGCCGGCAGUCAUGGAAGAUGAGAUCUCUGCCAGCACUGAUCAAAAUGUUAAUGACACCAGUAUCUUUGAGAUUCCAGACUAUGAGGAAGACAAAGGGGAUCAUCUUUACAAUCAUGUCCCUGAAGAUCCAGCUUCUCCUUCUUCCACCACUACUGAGCCAGAGAUGAUGGAUUAUAGUCAGGAGAGCCCAGAAAACAGCCGCAGUAAUUCUGUGGCUUCUCAGCACGAGGCUGAUGGGGAGAUUGGAUCUUCCUCAGAACACAGCGCUGAAGAUGACCACCCGUACCAGAGGAUGAAUCAGAUGAGCCCAACUCAGGAAGAUAAACAUGUGGAAGACGGAACAUUCGAGAACAACAUGUUUUGUCAAUUUUUGGGCUUCCCAUUGCGUCGGAGCCAGAGCACUUCUUCCAACUCUCCAACUUCCCUCAAGUUCCCCCAUAGCAGUAACUUGAGAGAAAUUUACAACUUUGAGGAAGAUCAUGAGAUUUUCUUGUUUGUAAAGGCUGGUAUAGAUGGAGAAAGCAUUGGGAACUGCCCCUUCUCCCAGCGUCUCUUCAUGAUCCUCUGGCUCAAAGGAGUUGUGUUCAACGUCACCACUGUUGACCUGAAAAGAAAGCCAGCUGAUCUACACAAUCUGGCUCCUGGGACCCACCCACCUUUCUUGACUUUUAAUGGAGAAGUCAAGACAGAUGUUAACAAGAUUGAGGAAUUCUUGGAAGAGACUCUUGCACCUCCAAAAUAUCCCAAGCUGGCUGCUAAGCACCGGGAAUCAAACACUGCUGGAAUCGAUAUCUUCUCCAAAUUUUCUGCAUACAUCAAAAACACCAAGCAGCAGGAUAAUGCUGCCCUUGAAAAAGGUUUGGUGAAGGCUCUGAAGAAGCUGGAUGACUAUCUGAGGACCCCACUGCCAGAGGAGAUUGAUGCAAAUAGCACUGAAGAGGAGAAAGUGUCUAAACGCAAGUUUCUGGAUGGUGAUGACCUGACCCUUGCUGACUGCAACCUUCUGCCCAAACUCCAUGUUGUCAAGAUUGUUGCAAAGAAAUACCGCAACUUUGAGUUCCCAACAGAGAUGACGGGCCUUUGGCGGUACCUGAAGAAUGCAUAUGCCAGGGAUGAAUUCACCAACACCUGUGCAGCAGACAAAGAAAUCGAGCAAGCCUAUGCAGAUGUCGCCAAGCGGCUCAGCAAGUCCUAACUGACCCCUGCAGCAGCUCAGCAUCCCUGGGGGAUUCCCAUUUUACAGACACUUCUCCUUGUUGCCUUAAGAUAUAUUUUAUCAUUAUGCUAUCUGGUUGGCAUCCCUGUGACUUCACCUGUUCAAGUGUAUUGGUCAGGACAAAUCUGCCUCUCACUGGGGAAAGGAGAAGGCAGCUCUAGUGUAGGGGGUGGAGACCCUUUGAAAACUGAACCUAUGAUCUGGCACAACUAGUAUUACUCAUAAUCAGUAUUUGAAAUGAGUCCACUUUAUUAGUUCCUUGUUUCAUGUUGGGGUAUAUUAGCACCUGUUUUCUCUGGAGUUUUGAAAAUAUGAUAUUAGCUGAAAUAUCAAGCAAGUCAACUAGGGACAUGUAGAACUGGUUCUUUUGCAGGCUAUUUGAAGGACACUUUUUUCAGUGCUGUUGAAAUUCUUGAGGAAGGAACAAAAUAUGAGAGAGGGGAAAAAAAAAAAAGUUUGACCCUAAAGGAGUAAUGCUCUUAGCAGUUAUAUUUAAAAAAAAUAUAUCUGAAUGCAUUUUUUGUCUUAGCAGGCCCAAGAGUUUAUAGGGUAUUUAUUUUUAACUUGGCGCAAGAGGGGGAAGCCUGAGUGAAUAUGUCAGACUUGCAGAUGCUACUUUGCAUAAAAUUUACAUGAUGCUUCUGGAUUCUGAAGUUUAAAGCAAAAGAGAGUGAUUGAGCAAUUGAGCAGGCAGCCCUUGGAAGAGCGGUGCUAAUGCCAAAGUGCCCAGUGGAUCUGCUAGUUUGUAGAGACAGCACUAACGGGGGCAGCAUAUUGAGUCAAGCCCAUAGCCAGAAUUGGCACAGCUAACCAAACCACGUAGGAUAUCAUCGUCUUGACUGUACAGCUGCCAGUUCCUUUAUACUGCUAUCUUGGGAAACGUGGAUAGGCAGGAGCAAGCUGUUGCUGCAUACGAAUUCCAGACAGGGGAAGCACUUUCCUCACUUUGGGCUCCAGAUGGGUCACCAUCAAGCGCUCAUCAUCUUAUCAGGGAGCUGUACACUCUGAUAGCCUCGAAGAGGGCAGGCAAAAGCAGAGAGGAGGCACACUUCCAGCCAGAAAGUUGGCAAGCACACUAGGACAAAGCCACUCAUGAUGCUUUAGUCCCGCUCCUCCAAGGUUCAGCCAUCGAGGUUAAAUGAUGCUGGAUUGGUUUCUGUAAGCUGAUUAUUUUGUUCUAUCUGGAGCAUCUGCCUGUAAAAAGCUGCUUUGGGGUAGUGAUUAUGUGCACAUUACUGUAGCAAAUCCAGAAUGACAGCUCUUUUGCAUAAAAUUCUCAUGCCCUAAUAUGUAUCAUGGUGUACAUGGCUCUCAGUUUUCAGUUUGGGAACAUUUACGAUUGUUUUCAAAGAUGAAAUAAAGCUCAGCUCUCACCUGGUGUGGCUCUCCUUCUGAUCAGAGCUGUAGAGAGCUGUGCUGGUUUGAGGGAACCCCCAGACUGGUGAGCUGAGGCCAUGGGGAAACCUUACAAGGAACCUCUUUGCAGCCAGAGAGCCAGAGGACUGGAGAGAACAAGUAAACCAAGCCUCUGCUGUGUGACAGCAGUGACGAUCUGAAGCCAUCUCAUGGCUUUGGUGAGACGAUUCCACUUUUCACUCUAACCCAGCUGGGAGCAGAGCGCUGCUCAUUGACUAUGAAGAUAGUUUGUGGCUGACUGCUGUUUUGCAUGCAGUGAUCAAUUUCUUCUGAACUUUCCAAAACCUCCGGAGAAAAUCCAUGAACUCCCAAGUCUUCCCCUAGAAUGGGCUAUUGUAACAACGGCUAGACUGGAGGGCAAAGGCUUGCACUCUUUAAAAUAUUGCUGAGAAAUCAGCUGGCUCAGAGAACACUAAUAGCAGCCAGAAAAAUCUAAUGAGAUUAGAAGUGUCUGCACAAGCACAUGUGGCUCGUUAAAAACAUUUCUUCAUGAGUUUGGAAUUAUUUGUGAUUUUUUUUUUUUUUUUAAAUUAAGGCAAUUAUUUAUUUAUUUAUUUUAAUCCACUUGGUCCUUUCCGUCUAUCUUUUGGUUUUUGUUUUAACUCAGCAUGCUGAGCAAGAUGGCUCUGUCAGUUUAGCAGAGUGCUAUUAGCAGUGCUGUGCAAAUUUGUUUCAAGUGAAAAGUCUGGUGUCUGAUUGAUGGUCACUGGGAUUUUCUCACUGUCAGUAUGAUUUGGCGAUGAGCAUGCCGAACAAAAUCUUCCUCAGUUGUCACUCUCCAGGUUUGUGCUUCAGUUAGCGGCUUUGCUUAAUCACAGUGGCAGUGAUCUUUGAAUGAAGAUGCAGAGGCAGACACAGCUUCUUGCUCUGUGCUUAUUGCAUUUAGCGCCCUAAAAAAGAUCAUACAAACAUGCAGCAGAUGCAGGCAGGGUAAAUGAACCAGCUCAGGGGCUGUCCUGAUUUCUUCUGUCUCCAGAUCUUCACCAGUUUGCUGAAUCCUGUUCUGAAACGCUUGAAUCUGUCUUACUUCAGUUUUGCUAGAAGAGGGCCAAAUCACAAUCAGUUGAUCUCAGCAACCUCAAAUUACAUCUUUUUUUUUUUUUUUUUUUUUUUUUUUUUUUAGAAUGAUGUUUAAAAAUGGUUCAGCUUAUACCAAAGAGAAAAGGAGCUGUUGGCACAAUGAGCUUUUUGUAAGAUGGUUUGCUUUAAAAUGUCUUAAAAUCUUUUUAGGAUUUCAUUAUAAAACCGAAAAUUCCACAAACUACCUUUCUUUCAAUCAGUAAUACAAAACCAAAAUAUUUUCACUUUUCUAGCAACACCACACACAUGAGAAAUCUGGACAAAUGUAUUGAUAGAUAUGAGAAGAUAAAAAAUAAACUGUUUUCCCAUCAGCUACGGUGCCCAUUCUGUGGUUAUUCCAGUCUCACCCUGCAUCCUGGCUUUGCAUUUUAUUCAUAACUCUAUUAUAGGCUGAUGCAAGAUUAUGGACAGGUUCAGGCAUUCCCUGACCUUUGUUUGGGUUUGAAAUCCAGGCUCAUGCUUUUAGAUCUGUAACUUCUGCUCACCUUUGUGCUUUUUGGCUUCAGCCAUAGUCAGAAGCAGGAAAUACUGGAAAUCCUACAUAGAAAAGUGUUUUGCUAAGAUUUUGAGCCCAGUUCUCAAGACUGAGGAUCCAUCACCAGUGAGGUUUUAAAGGGCUCCAGUCUCCUUUACACGGGGUAUUUUUGGUGACCUUCCAUUGUAUUUAGAAUUAUAAGUAAUAAAUAUUAAUCAUACAGGAUUGUAUGUCUACAUUGGCAAGGCAGCAUUUCUGAAAAGAAUCUAAGUGACAAGACAGACAUUGCAGAUUUACAAUAACUUUGUUCAUAAAUUUUUUGCAAGAUGUAAAGAAAGACAUAGUGCAGAGGGGGAAGAAGCCAACAAUGUGGAUUUAAUCAUCUACAUUUCAGAAAUGCAGACCAAAUGUCUGUAAAGAUGUCCAUUUCAUCCAAACAUUUCUUAGAUAUUUAUUUCAAAGCUCCCUGUUCAGUCAAUCCAACACUCCAUUCAUAUUGGAACUAAUAUUGAUUUUUCUUCUAUUACCAGUGAUAUGGGAGUGCUAGAGGAUCCCAUAUACAAGUUAUUCUCAUUUUUUGUUAGACUUUUUGAAUUGCCAAGACGUCAUCUUGCUGUACAGGUAAGACCAAGGGAGUAUCUGUCUCAAGGCUGUUUAAAGGCUUCUGACAAACUUUUUUCUUUUUCCACUACAAAGUGGUAUUGCUUUAUGAGGAGUAGUGGGGAAUAUCAAGCUAUGGGUUACAAGCUUUUGUCCUGUGUCUGCAUCAGCUGAAAAGCCACUGCCAGGGAAGAAUGGCAGUCGGUAUCACAAAGAAGCUAGACGUCUUCGUUUCCUGCAAGAAAGACCAGCUGAAUUGGGCAUAGUAUUAAUUCUGAAUAUACAUUUAUUUAUUUAACCUCCAGCCACCUUUCCUCCUCUCUUGUCCCUGAUGAAAGUCAACUCUAGGCAAUCUAAAACCAUUCUGCCAUUUUCUCACUGCUAGUGCUCAUGGGUGGGCACACAGACAAGCACAUUUUAUGAUAACCCAGACACCUUGUGGGAUGAUGUCCAAAGGCCACUCCUUGCAGCCCUGCUCCCACCACUGCCCCAGCGGCAAAGGUGAGAAGCAAAGAGAGUGCCCCUUCCUGGAAUGGCCAGCUCGGGCUAACUAGCUAAGUUUAGGGUACUGUGAAAAUGUAGGCAGUGGAAAUCUCACUCAUUUAAGGCCCUAGAGGCACGUGGAAGCAUUGACUUUUUAGAAUGAAUUGGUGUUUUAAACAGGAAAAUAAAUGCAAAGUCUCAUGUCCUCCUUCACAUGUAUUCUUUUAGGUGUUGGGAAGUUUGCAGUUGUUUAUUAUUCUGCUAGAUGUAUUCAUUAUUCUUGAAUUGCUUUUCAUAUUAAGAAAUAUUUUUUCCAGUAAGAUUUUGCCUUUCUGCUCAAUCUUUCAUCUCUUCAUUAAUUUUGAUGACUGCAGUGACCUAAUGAUUCCAGAGGAGGCAGGAAAACUGUGAGGCUUAUACUUGUUGAGAAGUUGAAGGAGGCAAUGAUUUUUUUUUGGAAAAAAACAGUAUUCAAAGCAUUUUUUAAAAAAUCUGUCUUUUCAUCUGGGAUACUCUAACCAAGAAUGAUGGACUGUUUAUUCUGGACUGUGAUUUUCAGCAAGGACCUGAACAAGUCCUUGCUGAAGGUGGCUUUGCCAAUGGAUUUUCCCAGGAUACAUAGAGGUGUUCCCUCUGGGUCACGAAAUGUUCCAUUUCCUUGGCCAGGAGGGCUUUGCUGGUUUGUUUUGGUGCUGAACUACAACACUCCACUAACUCUGUGCUAGGUAGUGACCCCUCCUGGGUCAUGUGCAAGGAAAGGAGGAAGCAUCGAUCUGUUUUAUUUCCUUGUCCCACAUCCCAAGCAACACUCCAGUCGUAGGAAAGCACAGGAACCCUGUCCAAUGCUGGCUUUCAAAGCUUGAAACAUGUGAUGUGAAGGUCUGGAGCCCCCCGUGUAGCCCCUCAGGCACUCACCAUGCAGCAUUACAGGACUCAGCAGCAUUUCACAUCCUGCAGCGAUCGUGCAGCCUGUCAUUCCCCUGCUGCCCCAAAUCAUCCCCCUUUCACCAUUCAUCGGAGAGUUGCUAACACUGAAAAUACUCCAGAGGGACGCACUUGAAUGUGGCGUGCUUUGAGCUGGGCUCAUCAGCUAAGCAGCUCUGCGUGAUGACAUUGUCACAGCUCAGCGGGUCGCUGCCAGGCGGACCCCCACCCCUACUGGGCCAUCGCCAUUUGGAUUUGCAUAGCUCGGGCAGGAAACGCCAGGGCCAAAGCUGCUCAGCCAGCGAUGGUGCAACCACGAUGAAAGGCUUCAGUGCCACCUUUUGCUGAGCCCAGCUCUCGGGCUGAAGUGUGUUAGCAGCUCAGCCGGGGCCGCGAUCCAGCACUAACGAGUGUUUCUAGCUUGCAGCAUGUGAAUAGGGACUGCUCAUGUGUUUAAUGUUAAACAUGUGCCUGCCUGCCUGGCUGGAUGGCGGCCUAAAAGACAUGACAGAAAAGCCUAUAUUAACGAAGAGCAUUAUUAUUCUGUUUCCUUUGAAAUCCAGUGGCAGAAUUCCCAGUGGGGGAAUUCCCAAUAGGAAUUCCCAGCAGAGCCCAAGGCUACAUAAGCAUGAAGCUGUUUCAAGCGUGAAGAUGUCCUCAGAGAACAGAAAGCGCUCACAAAGGCAAAGAAGCAGCAGUGAUAUACAGGGUCUAAUGGCUUAUACGGGAUCAGGGACCCAGCUCUGUCCCAGUUGCAACUGGGGGGAUGCUGCCAGAGCUGCCAGGCUCCAUUCUGGUUUAUCACUGAGGCGCUUCGGAGCAGAGCCACGCUGACAGUGUGAUGCCAAGGCAUGUUCUGCUCUACCUCCAACAGCACUCCCUGUGGUGGUAUCCCACAGCAUAACGAUGCCUCCGCUGUGUCUGCCUUACUCUUAUUAUGAAAUGGCUUCUCUAAAGAAAACUAAGAAGGGUGGGGGAAUUUGUUUUUUUUAUAUAUAUAUAUAUGCACAUAGAGUAAAAACAAUCCAAAUAUGCUUUAAUGGCUCUCAACAUGAUACUGUCAAUUCUCACCACAGGGUGGAAUUUGUUGGUAGAAAUUAAAUUAAAUUAAAUUAAAACUGAAAAGCUUGGCUAUUGCUAAUGUGUACUACUGGGAGCCCUAAAAGCAGUUUGCAGUGUAGAGCUGUAGCAGGAGUGAACAUCCUUUAAUUCCCAGAAUCGCUUGAGUUUCAUGGGGUCAUUUCAGCCUAUUCUGCUGCACUGCUGAGAAAUUGCUCUUUCCCUGUCUCCCUAGGUCUAUAAACUCUGAAGAAUUUGGGAAAUAGCUACGGGCACCACAUUAAUCUUUUUCUUUUCCACUUUUUUUUUUUUUUUCUUUUUUCCCAUCAAAUUAACUACCUUAGUUUGGAGGUAAGCAAUAAGUAAAUAGCACUGCAAACAGCAGAUUUCUCAGCUUUUUUCAUUAAGGAUGUUUUUAGGAGUUUUCAGGAAAUGAGUGGUUAUCCCCAGCUUUGGGAAUAAGCUGUGGCAUAAAACAUAAAGAAGUGUGAUUCUGACCAAAUUAUUUAAGCAGGGAAGAUUAUAGUUUGUUUUAAGGAGUAUGCUUAGGAGUAAAUGAACAACAUAAUCCAGAUACUGCAAGAGAGAUAUAAAAUUCAGUUAAAAUCUAAGAUUUCUGAUUUAUUUUUUUUAAUUAUUAUUGACUGUACAACAGUUUACUUCCAUGUAAGCUGUAUCUAUUUAUAUGUAUAAACACUUUAUUAUUUAUCUGCAUUAUUUAAUUCAACAAUGCUCUAUAAGUACACUGGGAUGGAAGGUGGCAUAAAGAGGAAAACUACUCCUGAAAUGGCAGAGUUGUUAGCUGGGCAUUUGGUUCUGUUUGCACUGGAAUAAACAAGAGCCACACCACUGAGGUGUGCAGAAGCAGGAGAACAGCCACACAGACCCAGAUAUGUUGGCUAACCCACACCAACCACAUUUGCCUGCAGCACAGCCACCAAAUCAGCCCAACGCUGGGAACAGCAGCAUACAAGGGCUCAGGAGCGAGUCUGAGGAACAUCUUUGUCAUUAGCCGUUUCUCCUUUAUAACACUCCAGAUCUAUUUCCUAAGCAUGGCGAGGCACAAAAGGAGUGUGCUUCAUUCUGCCCAAAUUGUAUUGCUUGGGCAGGAGCAUUGAAACACAGCCAUGGGUCCCCUGCCUCUCACUGCAUGCACCCAAGGUGGGCAAUUUUGGCACAGCAACAUGCACCAUCUCCUGCUUCGGCACUUGGAGACUCCUGCACCGAAGCAAUAAACUCCUGCUAAACAGUUCAGAAAUGUUCCCUCAAGUAUCCUGAGCUGCCAUCCUGCCUCCCUUCUCAUUCCCAAUGCCAGUUUGUGUCCAAGCCUUUGGUUGCAAAUAAACCCCGUGUGCAUUGCAUUGUUUUGUGCUGGGAAUUACAGGGCUUUAUUGGCAAUAGGAAAACGUGGUGCAAAAAAAAACCUAACCCCCACCCAACCCUCUCUUUUAGUGCAAAACUGACUGCUUGUGUACAUGGUUGUAUUUUUGGAACUUGUAUUCCCUUCCUGCUUUGGUUUGUGAGGAACAGGUCUUCAUCUGUGCAAAUCCUCAUAGCGAUGAUCCUAUCCUCUGUUUUUUUUUUUUUUUUUUAAAUUAUUUUUUAUUUUUUUUUUCCUUAAGAAAUUGUUUUUGAAGAGUCCUGCUCCAUAUUGUCUAGCAAUUUAUGAUCUAGCGAUUGACAGAUUUAUCUUCCUACUCUGACUGUUUCCAAUUUUAAAGCUUGAAGAUCAAAACCAAGUUGUGUAGUGAGAUUUGAGGGUGAGCAGAAAUACUUUUUUUUCCCCUGUCAAAAACCACUCAUUUUCAAAUCCUGACUCAUUUGUGGCACACUCCUGGUUCCUUAGAGGAGGGGCUGAGAUAGAAAGAGAGGAAGGGGAGCCCACUGUACAUGCUACUGUCCUUCCACUGGGGAAAGAGAGUAGGAUCAGUCUGGAAGUCCUAAGAGCUGUAUGGACAAAUUUUGCAUCUUCUGUGUGAAAUCAACCUGAAAGGCCCUAAAUUGACCCACAGUUACUUAAAAAUUUCAAUGACAUUAAAAAAAAAAAAAAAAAAAAAAAAAAAAAAACAACAAAAUCUGGGAUGCAACAUCUUCAGAUCUUCAGGGCAUGGUACAGACAAAAAGUAACUCAAGGAUACUAAAAUUUUUAGGUGUCAGCCCAGCCCCCAGUUCAGGGCUGGAUUUCCUCCAUUGCAACAUUAAUAAUCUCCAGAACACCUAAUUGUUGUUGGAUCUGUUGAUCUGCUGGGAGGAGAGCAAAAUCAGGAGCUCUUAAAGACUGUGGAAAGUAACUGUGCAUCUAGUGGUCUCCAUCAAGUAAGAAAGAAAGGAAAAAUCCCUUUGCAUACUUGUGAUUUUCCAUCGAGGCAUAUCCUAUGUUAAUGGAUAAUUUUAGAUUGGACUGUAACCUUUUGGGAUAGUAACUAUAUGUUUCCUCUUUGUUUGUACAGCUCCUAGCACAACAGGACUCUGAUUACAGCCUUUGUGUGCUGCCCUAACACUCAUAAUAUAUAAUAGGUAUGAUGUAAUUAAAAUGUCAUUGCAGUUUGCCUUUAACAUUAAGAUUGUGUGGCUGUAUUCUGUCAACCGUGAAUGAAAUCAAUGUCCUUUUUAUAUAAUAGGUAGCAUAUUUUAUUAUUGAAGUAGCAGUUGAAUUUAAUUUUUAAAAUUAAAUUAAAAAGUAUCUGCUCAUUGUUCCAUUUUAGGCCUUUGGAUAAAUUAGCAAAUAUUUUUCAUGUAACCUUCAAAUGAGUAUUUGUUAAAUGAAGAAAUCCACCUUCUUGAAUCGGAGCUGUUCGGAAUCCUGUAUUCCAAGAGUGAUUGGCACUUGAGAAUUUGAAUAAAAGUGGUUUAUUUUCUCA